AUGGGCUGCAUCUCGGAUUGGUCGUAUCACGUGAUGGGUGUACGGGUCCUUGUUCAAGAGCUCCAGGACUUGAAACAGUUUACUAAAUUUGUUGAUUCUAAUGAAAAAGUUUCAGUGAUAGACUUCUACGCUACCUGGUGUGGUCCAUGUAAGGCAUUGGAACCAAUCUUCAAUGCGUUGGCCCAAAGAGUACCCGAAGUUCAAUUUGGUAGAGUUGAUGUUGAUGAAGCGCAAGACAUUGCACAAGAAUACGGUAUUUCUGCCAUGCCAACAUGUCUUUUCUUCAAAGGAGGUGAAAAAAUCGAUAAGAUCAUUGGGGCAAAUCCUCCUAAAUUAGUGCAAUUGAUUCAAACUCACGGUAACGUUGACAUUGCUAACCGUUAAGUUGGCUUAAAUAGAUUUGCAUCUACUAUUUAUAUCUACCAUCUAUCGAUGACGCAUGUAAGGACUAAAAGCGUGUUCUAUAGUCAUACUUAAUUAACCAGAGUAUGCCCUAGUUAUAUAUCUUUGUAGUAAUAAGAUAAUUGCAGCUAGCUGAUUGCUAAAAAGACAAGUGC